UGGCGGAAGUCUUUAGAUACAUAACGUGUCGAAAAGUGUAAAGCAUACUUAAUACAAUCUUUCUUUCAUGUUGAAUAGUAUGUUAAACUAUGCGUAGUAGUAAACUAAAUGAGAAAAGUAAUAUUGUUUAUUGUGCGUCAGUGCGUAUGACAUGUGUGUAGUUUUUUUUUCAUUAUAGGAUAAAUGGUACACAUCUUUAAUUAAUGAAGAUUGGUAGUUGUAUGGAAAUAUUAUUAACUUAAGUCAAAAGUGCAGAAAUUAAAAGUAUGGAAAAUGAACUAAGUAUUUCUAGAUAUAUUAUGAAAGUUUUAACCGGAGCAUGCACUUUUUUUUACAAAAAAUAUAUAAUAUAUUUCUGUUUGUAAAUGCUAAAGAAUGCCACCCAAACAGAGGAAAAUAGCUAUUAUGGGCUAUAGAUCAGUAGGCAAGUCGUCGUUGAGCAUACAAUUUGUCGAAGGACAGUUCGUGGAUUCAUAUGACCCUACGAUAGAAAAUACAUUUACUAAAAGUACACGAGUUAAUAGCCAAGAUUAUGAAGUUAAAUUAGUGGAUACUGCGGGUCAAGAUGAAUAUAGCAUAUUUCCAACUCAAUAUUCAAUGGAUAUCCAUGGUUAUGUUUUGGUUUAUAGUAUAACCAGUGCUAAAAGUUUUGAAGUUGUACAAAUUAUUUAUGAUAAGCUACUUGACAUUACAGGAAAAGUCCAUGUUCCAAUCGUACUAGUCGGCAAUAAAACUGAUUUAUACGUAGACAGAAUGAUAACAACUGCACAAGGUAAACAGUUAGCAGAUGCUUGGCAUGCAGCAUUUUUAGAAACUAGUGCUAAACAAAAUGAGUCCGUUGCCGAUAUUUUUCACACAUUAUUGAUUGAAAUUGAAAAGGCUGAUGGAAAUGUACAAGAAAAAUCAAGUUGUGUUAUUUCUUGAGCCAGGUAGCUAGUUAGAAUUAUCGCUGUAGAGUAUAACAUUAACGUAUUAAACUUAUUAAAAUGCAUUUUCAUAGACUUGUUAAUUAUAAAUUAAACGAUCAAGUAUAUGAUGAUGCAUUUAACAUGAUCAUCAUUUCUUAUGUGUUGUACGAGUAGAACACACUAAGAAAUUAUCUAUUUUUAAAAUAACAUGUUAAAACAUAUAUCAAAAUAUGUACAAAGAUAUUAAUUUGAUGGGUCAUAGUUUAUCAUUUAAUACUAAUUCAUGAUAAACUGAUCUUCAGUUUCGAAUGAUAAGUAAUUUAAUAAUCACGCAAACUUUCACAAUAUGUUCAAAUAUAUUUUAUUUUUAUGUAUUAGUAUAAUCUCUUACAAUAAUUGCAAUGCACAGGUAUUAAAAAAAAAAAAAGAAAAGAAAAAUUGCAAAUAAAUGAAAAUAUUUACUUAAUAGACAUCUGUAAAGGUACCAAAUAUUCUGGUAGAAUUAUCGAUAAAUAUUCUUUUUAAAAUAAAGAAAUACUAUUUGUUUUUGCAUAGUAAUAAUCUAUUACUAAAUUAUCAAAUAAUUUAACUUUGGCCAUAAAGAAAUUUAUUAACAUUUAACUGCAAAAGUAGUCAAAUAAUUUUGUCAGUCAAUUUUAAUAAUUAUUGACUUUUAAUUUAACAAAUUAAUUGUAAUUAUGGAUGUACAUGAAACAAUGUAUGUUCAUAAUUUGUAAUUAUGUACAUUUAUUGGCCGAAAGUGUUCCUACAAUAUAAGAUUCUUGUUUGAAUGGAGUAUUGUAUACAUGAUUGCAAUUUUCUUGUUUAAAAAUUCAUG